AACAAAGGGGCUGGGGGAAGACAGAGGGGGGUUGGGGCCCGGGGGGUGGGGCGCAAAGCCGCUGCGGGCUGGGGCGUGGGCUGCCCGGGCCAGGGGCUCGCCGGCUGGUGCACGGCCUGGGCGCAUCCUGGCGGCGCCCGCGUGGCCCGAGCGCCCGGGCCUUCUUCGCCGGGCCCAGGGCCUGCCCUUGACCCGCCUCUCCCCUGGCCCCUGCCGCCUCCGCCCUGGCCCCCUCCCCGCCCCCGGCGGCGGCGGCAGCGGAGGGCGGGGGCAGCCGGUUCCCGUCCCGCCGCCCGGGUCUGUCCCCCUCUCCCCGGGACCCGCCGGUGACGUUUCGCACACGUGCGCGGAGGACGCGCCUGUGACUGGGGAGGCGGCGGCGGCGGGAGGGGGCGCUGGAGGGGCAGAGGGGGCACCCACUUCCUCCUGCUCGCCGGCUCCCUGGCCUGGGACGGUCCCGGCGCCCUCGCACCCGCCCCCGGCACCGCCGCCUCCCGCCGCUCUCCCCACCCCCGCCGGCGCCCGCCCUCGCCCGGCGCCGCCGGUCUGCUCGGCCCUCCGGGCCCCCUCUGCAGCCGGCCCCCGCCUCCCCGGAGCCAGGCUGGUUUCGGAAAUGCCCUUACAGCAGCAGGCCAAGCGAAGGCUGGAGCUCGGAGAAAGUGGGCAUCAGUACCUCUCCGAUGGUUUAAAAACCCCCAAGGGCAAAGGAAGAGCUGCACUACGAAGUCCAGAUAGCCCAAAAACUCCAAAAUCUCCCUCAGAAAAAACGCGGUAUGACACGUCCCUUGGUCUGCUCACCAAGAAGUUCAUUCAGCUGCUGAGCCAGUCGCCCGACGGGGUCUUGGACUUGAACAAGGCGGCCGAGGUGCUCAAGGUGCAGAAGAGAAGGAUCUACGACAUCACCAACGUCCUGGAAGGCAUCCACCUCAUCAAGAAAAAGUCCAAAAACAACGUGCAAUGGAUGGGCUGCAGUCUGUCUGAGGACGGGGGCAUGCUGGCCCAGUGCCAAGGCCUGUCCAAAGAAGUGACCGAGCUCAGUCAGGAAGAGAAGAAAUUAGAUGAACUGAUCCAAAGCUGCACCUUGGACCUCAAACUGUUAACCGAGGAUUCAGAGAAUCAAAGGUUAGCUUACGUUACAUAUCAAGAUAUUCGAAAAAUUAGUGGCCUUAAAGACCAAACUGUUAUAGUCGUGAAAGCCCCUCCAGAAACAAGACUUGAAGUGCCUGACUCCAUAGAGAGCCUACAGAUACACUUGGCAAGUACCCAAGGACCCAUUGAGGUUUACUUGUGUUCAGAAGAGACUGAAACACACAGUCCCGUGAAAACGAACAACCAAGACCACAAUGGGAAUAUCCCCAAACCCACUUCCAAAGACUUGGCUUCAACCAACUCAGGACAUAGCGACUGCUCCAUUUCUAUGGCGAACCUUUCUCCUCUGGCCUCCCCAGCCAACCUCUUACAGCAGACUGAGGACCAAAUCCCUUCCAACCUGGAAGGGCCCUUCGUGAACUUGCUGCCGCCCCUGCUGCAGGAGGACUACCUGCUGAGCCUCGGGGAGGACGAGGGCAUCAGCGACCUCUUCGACGCUUACGAUUUGGAGAAGCUCCCGCUGGUGGAGGAUUUUAUGUGUAGUUGAUUGUGUUCCGUGUGGAUUCUCCUUACAAACCGCUAUUUUUUUAUCACGGACCCAGAACAUCUGUCAUGCAGUGUUGUCCCCUCCUACCUUUCUCCUCCAAGAGAGUAUCAUGAAGUAAACUACAAACUUCAGAACAAAGCUGACGUUUUGAUGAAAAAAAAUUUUUUUUUAAAUUGUCUAAACGCACAGUUGCAGGCUCCCCUGGGAAAGCUCUGCCUUGCCCCAGGCUCCAAAAAUCUCCUGGAUGAGUCAGCAAGUGAGAAAAUGUGCAAUCAGGUGUCUCUCACCCGUCCCCUCCCUCCCGCCUCCGUGCCCUCACCCGCGGACUGGCUUGCUGUGCCUGACGGAUGGGCUGUGGGGUGGGCUCUGGCCACCCGGCCCACUCCAACACAGCCAUCUCCCUUAACAGCAUUUCAAGCCGUGCCUUCUCCGCGGAAUGCAUGUCUUUGGGGGCUGCUAAUACAGAACGGAACUGCAGCAAAGGCAAACUUGAAGUCAUGCAAAAGUAUGAAAUGGAUUUCUUAAGCUCUUCUUAGGAGUAUUUAAAUUACUGUCGUAAUUCAGAUUAAGCUACGGACCGCGUGUCCCACUCGGAGGUCGAGGGAACCUCCACAGCCUCUCAGAUGAAGAACCUGUUUCCCAGGACUCGUUGCAGAUACAGAAGACUGGUAGAGUUCUGCCACUCGCAGCUGUUGUGGAUUUUCCUGUCUCCAUUAUCCACUCCCAUCCCAGCGGUGUUUGUGAGUUUCCCUUGAUUUGUAGCAAUUACCUACUUAGGAGUUCUUUGUGAAUUGUUUUAGAUGUUCUAUUUUUUUUUUGGUGGUUUUUUUUUUUUUUAAUUUUUUUAGUGGCCAUUUAAGCAUUCCUGUGGCGCCCAUCACCAUUUGAAUUGUUUACUUUGAAGCGGUUUUUUGCAAAUUCCUAUUAGUGAGCAGGGCAUGUAAACCCCUGGGAGGGGAGCUCGGAGCCUGCUGGCACGGCUGGUUCCUGGGGAGGGAAGACAAGGGCAGAUGGGCACGCAGUCCCCAGGAGCAGCAAGGCCUGAACCCCCUCCAUCCUCGGGCUGCCCGGGCCCCGGUGGCCGGGGAAAGGGCUCUCUUAACGCCACACUCAGGGAGACACUUCUCAGGUUGGGGUCAGAUGGAGAGGCCUCCAGGGAGAAACUGUCCCCAUGUGUGCGUGGCAUUCUACCAGCGGCACCUCCACACGUAGCCAGUAAGGACAGGGAGCUCCCGCCACGCCGUGUCCGGCUGGAACAGCCCUGGCCGGAACCCAUUACCCUUCCCCCUCUACAAAGGGGUGAGGCUGGCACCGGGGCCGUCCAGAGAGGUAGAAGGAGAAGGGACAGGAUGCCAGGGCAUUUCCCACUUUACUCUUCAGGGAUGGUGUCCCAAGCCGAGGCCUCGUGUCAGCUGUACGUCCUACCAGUCACGCCCAAGAAUGGCACGCCCAUUGGCAGGUGGCGAUGGCCAUCCCCCCCUGGGAAUGUGGCACAGUUACCUCAAACCCAUUCCUUGGGUGCUAAGGGCUGCGGGAUGGGGGAGUUGAAUGGAAAUGCCGUGUGCCUGGCCCAGGGCUGGGGCGGCGACACGGCACCCAAUAGCACUUGACUCAGCUGUGUUUGAUCGAUUGCAGAUAGCCCUUAGGGAAACUAGAAAACCAAGAAAGCCACAAGAGCCCCCGGCCAGUUUACUCUAGGUGGAUUUCCACAAUAUGCAAAGUGGUGGUGGCGUCGGGACAGAUGACACCAGCACUUUAAACUCUGUGUGUGGGUGUGCGUGGGUGUGUGUUUGGGAAGAAAAUAAUAAAGGUGCAGACGAUCUUCCUGUGUCUCUUCCUCAGCCUCCGUCCCCAGCCUCCUCCCCUCACACACCCUGGACUUGGUACAGAAUAUCCGUGUGGUCCGAGAUGAAGCAUGGGGUGGAGGAGGGAGGGGAGCUUUGUGUUAAGUGCCUACUGGAAAUGCACUGUGGGGUUUUUUCCUGUAUGGGAAACCAUUUCUGCCAAGCUUUUCCCCGUGUCCCAUAUUUAUCUCAUCUGGUUAGCUGCCUCGGCUUCCAGCUUUGUGUGAUUUCUCUUUGCCAGCUGCACAAAGCGGAUUUUAUUUUUUUUUCCCAAAGUCUAAAGACUGAGCUCACCUGGCAAGGUUGUCGUGUGUUUGGUUGAAUUUCUCGUUGAGCCUUUGCGUGAUGUUAACGCCGUAUUUAUUGUUUUAAAGAUGAAAGGAAUACUAAUAAUAAGUCUUAAAAGUUCCUCCAUUCAUAACAUUUUUCCAGUUAAUGGGCUUAACUGGUAGAUAUUAAUUAGACACCCAUACUGUAUUCAGUUUUCCAUUAGUCAUGUUCUUUUUGACAUAGUAUCUGGCACACAAAGUGGGUUAGUACUACAGUAUUUGUGUUACUUUAAGUACUAAGUAUGCAGGUUUCCUGGUACCAUUGAGUUGCUGCUAUUAAAGCUCACACAUGAAAUGGCUAAAAGUUACAAGUGUGCGAAUUAUGACUGCGUGAGCCUUAGUAAAGAAAACGUCUCAAGGGCGACACGUGAGCUGUCAAACAGUGUUAGGUGUGUGUUUAUCUGUACAGAGUUGUGUAUAGCUCUUGUCUUAUUUAAGUUGAUAUGUAGUCUACUCACGCGUUCUUUCUUUACCGAUUUUGUACAAAAAUAGCAAUUGAUUUGUAAACACUGCCAGAAUAUUUUCUAGCUGGUUUGUAAUUUUUUAAGAGUGUUACUUUGUUAUUGUUUUGUUGUUGUUAUUAUUGUUGUUGUGGUUCUCGUUUUCGUUUUUGUUGUACGUGUAGAUCUGUAAAUAAAAUUGCAGUAUUUAAAGCUUUAGCUUUCAGGAAAAAGAAAGUAAGAACUCAGUGUGUGCAUGACAACGUGUGGAUAUGAGAAGAGGGAUUUGAGGACAGACGGCUUGUGGAGUACGUCGGGUGGCAACUGUCAGGGUGUUGGAAUUGCUUUUCCUAUGGGGUACAUGAUUUUGUAAAAAGGAAGUAAUUCUCCCAAAACUGGGAGUAGGCAAACUACUAAUCAGUUUAGCUUUGUGUUGUAUGCUAGUUUAAAAAAUAAAAAAAAGGAAGUAUGUAAUAUAAUGUAAAAAACAAACAAAAAAAAAGCUUUUAUGAUGGAUUUUGUAAAUAGUUUGUUACAGGAUGACCUGUUCUCCAGCUGUGAUCUUACCACUUCCAAUGGUUGUAAUUUGAAUAAAUUUUGUAUGGUAAAGGAUCAAUAAAUGAUUUUUUUAAGAGUUCA